ACGGGUAGGAAGGCGUGAAGGAAGAAGAAACCAAGUCUUCGAAACUGUGACGAUAACAGCUCGGUAUUUAGCAGCCGAUUAAUUUUUCAAUCAUAUUCAUUUUCUAUUUGUAGAAAUUUUGCAGCGCUUUGUUAAGCAUCUCUCAUAAGUGAAGAGUCGCUGUUUUACUACUGCUGGAACUCCAAAAUAACAGGAAGAGGUGCACACAGGGCAAUACAACAAUAAAACCUCCCAAAACAAAAGUGAAGAAUUUAAUCAGGCAUAAUGACGGAAGAUUCCUCUGCUGACUUGGAUUUCUCUAAAGCUUUGGAGAGAGUAGGAGAACAUGACCCAAACGCAGCUGCUGCAAAGGCUAAGGAGCAAUUGGACAGUCUCAACAGUGUCACUCUGAAUAUUGCAGUGACUGGAGAAACAGGAGCAGGAAAAUCUGCCUUCAUUAAUGCAUUUCGAGGUCUGGAUGAUGAUGAUGACAAUUCUGCACCAACAGGAAUAACCGAAACAACAACAGAAGCUACCAUGUACACCCAUCCCACAAAGCCAAACGUCAGACUGUGGGACCUGCCAGGGAUUGGCACGCCUAAUUUCAAGGCUAACAAAUUCCUCAAGCAGGUGAAAUUUGAGACGUAUGAUUUAUUUCUCAUCAUUUCCUCAGAGAGGUUCAAGGAAAAUGAUGUAUUUCUGGCCAAGGAGAUUCAAAAAGAGCAGAAGAAGUUUUAUUUUGUCCGAACCAAGAUUGAUAAUGACAUUCGGUCGGUGGCGAAGACAAAGAAUUUUGAUGAGCAUCAGGUACUUUGCACGAUUAGAGAGAACUGCCACAGAAAUCUGAAGGAGCUAGGAGACCCCAAGGUGUUUCUGAUAUCCUCGUAUGACUUGGGAAAAUAUGACUUCAAAGACCUGGUAGAUACCCUAGAGUCAGAGCUUUCAGAAAACAAGAGAUUUGCUCUGAUCCAGUCUGUGCCUGUGUGCUCUUUGGCUAUGUUAGAGAAAAAAAAAGAGGUUAUGGAGAAGUUUAUUUGGCUUGCAGCACUGAGCUCAGGUCUGGGUGCCAUUAUCCCAGUUCCUGUAUUAUCUCUGGCCAUUGACAAGACGGUAUUGAUGACCUUUCUCAUAAGUUGUCAUAAUGCUUUGGGUUUGAAUGAGGAAUCACUCAUCAAACUGUCAGAGAGAAUGAACAAGCCACUCUCACAGCUGAAAUCAGCUAUAAAGUCUCCUUUAGCAUUAGCAGUGGUGGACAAACUGGCUAUUAGGCCUCGUACAACUAUGACAAAACCUGUGAAAUGCUUAGAUGAUCUGCUUGAUGCUAAAUUUAUUGCAACCAGUGUUAUGAAUGCAUCUGAGGCCUUCAAAACAACAUACACUGUCUUGCAUGGAGCACUAAAUGACAUGAUAAAUGACAUGAGACAGGUUCUUCAAGCUGCAGGUUUGAAUGAAUAAAAUCAAGCUGGUUAGAGCAAAGAGAUAUCAAAACUGACAUCUGCACUGGGCAACUUGAAAUGGAGAGUUAAAUGGUUGGAAAGAAAUGUUAUACUGAAUGCGAUCCAGUUAUGUUCUUCAUAUUUUAUAAUUGUGCAUGUUAAAUAGAAUGGAAUACAUAUAAUACGCAUUUAGUCCACAAACUUGGUAAAAUGUGUGACUGUGUGACUUUGUACUGUUUACAGAUUUGUGGGAAUCUGGUGGUUUGUGCAAAAAAUUUAUUAUACUGUUGUGGGACUAUUUACCUCAUUGAAUGUUUAACUUGUUUUACUAUACAAUGACUUUAGAUCAAAGGGUCAGAGCCUCUUUUACCAUUUACUAAACAAAAUACCUUUUCAGUAUAUUCUGCAUUUUUUAUGUUAAUUUGUUUUAUCAAUAUUGUUAAUGAAAUUACAUUUACUGAAACAAAGGACAUUGUGGCAGGUGCUGACUUUCAGGAUUUACUGGUCAUACAUGUAUUGAUUUGCAUUUAUUAUUGAAAAUGUAAGUGUGGUUU